UGGGCGUGAUUACCAAGUGUCAUGGCAGCCACCGGGAUUGUACUGUAGUGUGCAAGACAGAAGCCGAGGAUAUUUCCUCACAUAGGUUGAGCUGUAUUAAUUUUCAUACUGGGGACAUUUGAUUGUAAAAAGACCUAAAUAUGGGCACUGUGCAUGCCAGGAGUCUGGACCCUCUUCCUAUGCAAGGACCUGAACUUGGGGUUCAGGCAGAUGACAUGGACCUGGAACCAGAACAUGAGGAGAAACAGGAAAUUCUUGAAAAUAAAGAUGUGGUGGUACAGCGAGUACACAUCGAUGGGCUUGGAAGAACAAAGGAAGACUUUUUAACGUAUGAAAUUGAAGAUGUUUUCCAAGCCAAAAACCUGAUUGAGGUAAUGAAGAAGUCCCAUGAGGCCAGACAGAAGCUCCUGCGUCUGGGAAUAUUCAGACAUGUAGAAGUUGUCAUAGAUACAGCUGAAGGUGCCGAUGCACUGCCUAAUGGACUGGAUGUGACAUUUGAUGUGAAGGAGAUGAGAAGAAUGACAGGAAGUUAUAACACCAUGGUUGGGAACAAUGAAGGAAGCAUGGUGCUGGGUCUGAAAUUGCCCAAUGUUUUUGGUCGGGCAGAAAAGCUGACGUUCCAGUUUUCUUACGGCACUAAGGAAACGUCAUACGGUCUGUCGUUCUUCAAGCCACAACCAGGACACUUUGAACGGAACUUCGCCAUUAACUUGUAUAAAGUCACGGGACAGUUCCCAUGGAGCUCGCUGAGAGAGACUGACAAAGGAAUCUCAACAGAAAUCAGUUUCCCUAUCUGGAGGACAAACCACACCCUAAAAUGGGAGGGUGUGUGGAGAGAAUUGGGUUGUCUGGCCCGUACGGCUUCCUUUGCUGUCAGGGAGGAGAGUGGUCAUUCUCUGAAAUCCUCUUUAUCCCAUGCAAUGGUCAUUGACACACGCAAUUCAUCGAUCCUUCCAAGAAGAGGUGCCUUGCUGAAGAUCAACCAGGAACUGGCCGGUUACACUGGAGGAGAUGUCAAUUUCUUAAAGGAAGACUUUGAGAUUCAACUCAACAAGGCACUCUUUUGGGACUCGGUGCUCUCUGCAUCUCUUUGGGGUGGGGUGUUGCUACCCCUUGGAGACAGGUCCUCCAGUAUCGCUGAUAGGUUCUAUUUGGGUGGUCCCACUAGUGUAAGGGGCUUCAGCAUGUACAGCAUUGGUCCUCAGAGUGAAGGUGACUAUCUUGGUGGGGAAGCAUAUUGGGCUGGAGGGCUUCAUCUGUACACCCCUCUUCCAUUCAGGCCAGGCAAAGGAGGCUUUGGGGACCUUUUUAGGACACAUUUCUUUCUCAACGCUGGAAACCUGUGUAACCUUAAUUAUGGAGAAGGGCCAAGAGCACACCUGAGCAAACUGGCUGAGUGUAUUCGCUGGUCAUAUGGAGCAGGCAUUGUGUUACGUCUGGGGAACAUUGCUCGACUGGAGCUCAACUAUUGCAUUCCCAUGGGCGUCCAGAGUGGAGACAGGAUAUGUGAUGGAGUGCAGUUUGGGGCUGGAAUCCGGUUCCUGUAAUAUUCUGAUCCUGAACGUAACAGGGAUUUCUUUGUACAUGUGAAAAAGGAUGCCUUUAAGAUUCCAUUUUAAGUUGCAUAGCACAAUGCAAUGAGUGUUGUCUAAUUUUUGAUCUAUACAAAUACAUCUGAGGAAUACAGUCUACUACCAAUAACAGAACCAAUGUAAAGUAUCAAUCUGCUGUUUUGAAGUAAUUGCUACUUUAGUAGGGAGUAUAUUGGAGAUCAGUGCACUUAACACCUAAAAUAUUUAUUUGUCUGAACAGCCAGUGUUCAAUAAAUGAUGUUUCUGCCCUUUA